AUGGAACUUGGACAGCAGAGGAGUUACCUCAAGGUCGAAAGGCUAUUAGUAGCUAAAGGGUUCUCUCAGCGCCCUGGUUUUGACUUUGAUGAGACAUUCUCUCCAACUGCAAAGUGGGCUGCUUUGAGAACUAUCAUGGCCCUUGUUGCAAUAGAGGACUUGGAACUGAUCUCAGCUGAUAUCUCUAAUGCAUUUCUAAAUGGUGAAAUUGACCAUGAAGUAUAUAUGGAUAUGCCUGAAGGUUCUAAUAUUUUAGGACUCAAUAAACUAGGUGCUGACUAUGUACUCAAACUGUUAAAAGCACUGUAUGGGCUCAAACAGGCUAGUAGACAAUGA